AUGGCAGAAUUAGACGAAUUUACCGGAACACAUACAACAUAUGAUAAAAAAAUCCUAGAAAAAAUCACAGAAGAUUUUGAAACAAAACGAAAGGAAAUUGAUGAAUUUAAACUAGACGAAGAAAAAGAACGAACAAUUACCGCAAAAGAGUGGACCACUAAACCAAUUAAAGACUUAACCCGACGCAAUGGAAAAGAAUUAAUUGGUAGUAGCAUUUGGCAAAAAGGAAUUACUUAUCGGAAUAUGGAACGUAUUAUAGUGAUAGUAGCCAUUUUAUUUUCAAUUGUAAAACUGAAGAGGUUUCAAUUUUACAAAUUACCAGUAAUUCUGAUAAUUGAAACACACUAUUAUUGA